AUGGUUGGCCCGCGUGGCCAGCAGAGGCGACGAGAAUCGGCCCAGGAGCAGUACGUGCAGCAAAUCGGAGCCGGAGCAGCCCCGCUGCCGGCUCCGCUUCCUGAGAAACACUUUGACCCGAAUCGAAGCGCGACUUUGAGGUAUAUUCAGGAAGGAGAACGCAACGGCUAUGGCCCAAGUCUGGAAGAACAGAUCAAUGCCAUCGAGCAGCCAAGGGAGUUCAAGUCGCCGGAACCCGCAUGGGCCGGAUUUGCUCGUGAGAAGAGCGAGAGGGCCAGGUCGAUGACGCCUGGAUAUCGCGCCCAAUCCGAGCCUGGUGAGACCUGGUCGUAUGAGUAUCAACGUGAUCAGCGAGCUGGCAGCAAGACCCCGGCCAGGGAUCCAGAUUGGAGAGAGUUCCAGGAAAAGACUAAAACCUAUGUGCACGAUAACAAGGGAGGUGGUACUCCUUACUGGGCGCACGCCGAGUUCAACCAGCCAAACCAUCAGCACCAUGGUUAUAGGGAGAAGACUCCGAAAGGCUACGAGUGCGGCGGUAUGGACUUCCGCGGGGACAUUCAUUUUGACCCACCCGGCCCGUAUGACUACGUGUAUACCAAACGCCAGACGGAGGAGAAGCGCGUUCCCAGAGGUUACGAGAUUGGUGGUACCGAUUUCGGAACCGGAUAUGUGGCUCCGGGACCUUACCAUGGACACGGACCUGACCCGCCAAGGAGGAGGUCAAAGUACACGGCUGAUCCGCACGCUCCAGUCAACGUUGCGCUCGCUCCGAAUGUCGACUCGGUGGAUCCCCAUCUCCUCGUUGGCGACACCGUGUCCAACAUGAGGGCUGGACGCGAUAGGCGAGAUGGUCGCCAAGACGACUCGAUGGGAACGGCCUUCCGCCCGACUGAGGGCUUCAAGAGGGAUCACCACACGACCCGUCGCAGGGCCGAGACGCACAACGAUAAUACCUUCUGUACCAACUACACAAGGAGAUCGAGGAGCGCUUCGGCUCCAAGGUCCAGCGCUCCACCAGAGCAGCGCGACGUCUGGCGCAACCGUGAGAAUGUUGAUCCGCAUCCUUACUAUGGACCGGACAAAACGGUCAACGUUCAUACCCUGCUUAACGAUGAGGCCCUGGUUCCGAGGAAACGCGAAACGACACCAACAUGGAGGGAGAAGAGUCUGGAAAAGCACUUUGCUUGGGAGACCCGAGAGGAUCCGCUUCACACCCGGCCCAUGACCUGGACCCGCGAGCCAAACUGGACGCGCACCGUCAAUGAGCGACGUGGCGCCUGGGAGCACAAGGCUUGGGAUAAUGACGCUAAGCUGGCUCUCCCGGCCUCAGCCAAAGUGCCAGCUGAUGCUCCGCCACACUGGGCCUCCAACGCCCAGCAGAAGCAAAACGUUUGGCAGGGAGCUGCUGGGCAGCUCGGCUCCAACUCCUCGUACACCUACCAUCAGAGUCAGCCGGUGAACACCCAUUACACCUACUCGCAGAGCUCGACUGGACCGGUGCAGACCCAGCAAUCGGCUACAAACUACAACUACUCCCAUAACGCUGAUGGUUCGACUAAUGCCGACUAUGUUGCAAAUACUGGCUUCAACAAGACGCAGUUCGACUAUUUGGAGGAACGCCGUAACAAGUACGGACCGGGUGGGCAUGGUGGCGGACAUUAUCAGCAGCAGUAUACCACCAACUCGACGUCCACGACGACCCAAAACCAGCAGCCCCAGAUGAAGCAUCAGAACUUUUCGUCGCACAGUCAGCAGCAGCAACAACACCAGCAGCACCAGGAGCAGCGCGAGACUAGGAGGACCACUACCACUACGACAAAGACUCAGAACGCUCCUGUGACCCGCACCACGACCUACUCCUACUCUCAGCAACCCGCCAAAACCCCGCCUCCCCAAGCCAUUUUCCAGACCCAGUCGACCACCACGCAUACAGUUAAGGACUCCACUCAAGCCGCUCCGGCACAAAACUAUCAGCAACAACAGCAGCAACAGCAGUACUACCAGGAGCGUCGUGAGGAAAAAUCCCGCAACGAACACGUCCGCCCGGCCCAAUGGUGGGAGCAACAGCAACAGCAGAGGAAGGAAACGAAAACCACCCGCGAAGAGACGAUCCGCCCCCAGCAGGUCCAGCAGCAAUGGCACGAGCAGCGUCAUAGCAGGAGGGAAGAGACUCGCACCGAGACAACCCGCUCGCCACAACCACCACCAGUGCAGCAACAACAGUACUGGCAGCAGCAACAACAGACCCUAAGGGAGGAGAAAACCACCGAAACUCACAAGCCGCAACCAGUCGUCCAGCCAGUUCAACAACAGCAGCAGUACUGGCAGCAGCAGCGGGAGACGCGGCGAGAGGAGAAAACCACCGAAACCCAUCAGCCAUCCCCACAACCAGUUGCCUACCAGCAGCAAUGGCAACAGCAGCAGUCGAGGCGUGAGGAGAAGACCACCGAAACUCAUCAGCCCUCUCCACAACCUCCUCAGGUCUACCAGCAGCAGUGGCAGCAACAGCAGCGUCGCGAGGAGAAAACGACCCGCGAAGAAACUCGCCCAGCCCAGCCGGUUGUUCAGCAAUACCAGGCCCAGCAGCAGUACAACAAGAAAACCGAGACCCGUCAUGAGCAUCGGCAAACGACUCCUCUGGCACCAGUGACGACCGUCACUACGGUAUCGGGCCCGCCAGUAGACAGGAAGUUGGAAAUGUCGGAGACGCUACCGCUUGGAACCGUCGCGAAUACACAAGCAAAUACGCAGGGUGCAUAUCGCGACCAGCAAGGCCAUCAAAUUUCCUACAAGCGCGAUCUUCAGACUACCGCUGAUCCAGGCAGAGAGAUGGCCUUGUUGAAGGAAGAGGAGCGCCGCGUCGUCGAGAACGAGCUGGAGCCGGGCGUAUUGUCCAGG